GUAGUGUCAAAAUCAGAAGGAGAUAUUCUAAUCAUGGCACUCUCAUCUGCUAAUGUUGAAGUUUAAAAUUCUCAAAGUCGAUUCCCACGGGAUUAAACCACAGACGCCGUCCCAAAUUCUUGCUCCCCAGGUGAUACACAUCUAGUGCGCAAAGGGCUUUGCACUGUUUUUUUUCUCGUUUGCUUAAAACUGUGCCUGAUGUAUCUCCUGUUGAAGCUGGUCUUAGUCAGGUAAACUGUGAGCAGCAGCAGCUGCUGCAGCAACAGAGGGACAGAGCAUAUCGGCUGUCAGGAGAGGAUGACUGAAAGCUGGUGAGGUGUGUUUUCGGUCCAGCCCUCUUUACAGCCGCAGCCUCUUCACCAGCAGCAGCAGCAGCAGCAGAAACAAGAUCUCAAGAUGGUAGCAGCUCACUCCUCUUCACAUUCAUCGGAAUCUACUGAGUGGAUUAUUUGCCUGGAUAAGAGACCAGCAGAGCGCUCUGGGGAAGAUGUUGACAUAAUCCUGGCCCGUCUGAAAAAUGUGAAGGCAUUUGAGAGGUUCCACCUCAGUCUGCUGCAGCAAAUCUGUCUGUGUGGUUUCUACGAGUGUUUGGAGAAAGGAAUCACCUUGUAUCGACAGGGUGACAUUGGGACCAGCUGGUACGCUGUCCUGUCUGGUUCUCUGGAUGUUAAAGUUUCAGAGACUUCAAGUUAUCAGGAUGCCGUUACAAUUUGCACACUGGGGACUGGAACAGCAUUCGGGGAGUCGAUCCUGGAUAACACCCCCCGACAUGCUACCAUUGUCACGCGGGAAUUCAGCGAGCUCCUACGCAUCGAGCAGAGGGAGUUCAGGUCUCUGUGGGAUAGAUAUCAUCAGUGCAUGGCUGGACUGCUCGCCCCACCCUAUGGUGCGAUGGAAAGUGGAUGUGGUGCUGACAGAAUGCCGGACAAAGAGAACAUAAGCAACAACUCAUUUGUUUCAGUCUCCAAACACCAGAAUAAGAAGUCAUUCAUUGAAAGUCCGGCCAAAUCUCACCUUAAAUGCAUUUCUCAGGUGCCCUCAGAGAAGAUCCUCAGGGCGGGAAAGAUCCUCCGUAACGCCAUCCUCUCCAGGUCGCCGCACAUGAUCAGAGACAGGAAGUUCCAUUUGAAGACAUACAGGCAGUGCUGUGUGGGGACAGAGCUGGUCGACUGGCAGUUGCAGCAGAGCUCAUGUAUCCACUCUCGGAUCCAGGCUGUUGGCAUGUGGCAGGUGCUGCUGGAGGAAGGUGUUCUGAAUCACGUGGACCAUGAGCUGAGCUUCCAGGACAAAUACCUUUUCUACCGCUUCCUGGAUGACGAACAGGAAGAUGCUCCUUUCCCCAGCGAGGAUGAGAGAAGGGAGAGCCAAGAGGAGCUGCAGGACACCCUGCUCCUCCUGUUGCAGAUCGGACCUGAUGCCCACAUGAGGAUGAUUCUGAGGAAACAUCCGUCUGAAAGGACAGCAGAUGAUUUGGAGAUCAUUUAUGAAGAGCUGCUACAUAUAAAGGCCUUGUCUCACCUGUCCACCACUGUCAAGAGAGAACUGGCAGGAGUGCUGAUCUUCGAGUCCCAUGCAAAGUCAGGAACAGUGUUGUUCAGUCAGGGGGAGGAGGGUACAUCAUGGUACAUUAUCCUGAAAGGCUCGGUCAAUGUUGUCAUUUAUGGAAAAGGUGUCGUUUGCACUCUCCACGAAGGAGACGACUUUGGAAAGCUCGCUCUGGUCAAUGAUGCUCCCCGCGCUGCCUCUAUUGUACUGCGAGAAGACAACUGUCACUUCCUGAGAGUAGACAAGGAGGACUUCAACAGGAUUCUGAGGGACGUGGAGGCCAACACGGUGCGUCUGAAGGAGCACGGUCAGGAUGUUCUGGUGUUAGAGAAGAGUCUCAGCAGCAGUCGAACCACCAGCCAUGGAGCCUCAUCCUCCCACUACAAAUACAAGGUAAUGUCGGGGACCCCUGAGAAGAUUUUGGAGCACCUCCUUGAAAUGAUGCGAUUGGAUUCUCAAUUCACAGAGUCAGAUGCAGCUUUAGAAGACUUUGUGCUCAUGCACUGUGUCUUCAUCCCAAACACUCAACUAUGUUCAGUGUUGAUGGCCCAUUACCAUGCUCAGGCCUCUCAGGGCUCUGAACAGGAGAAGCUGGACUACACACUCAACAACAAGCGCAGGGUGAUCCGCCUGGUAAUGCAGUGGGCUGCAGUACAUGGAGAUCACCUGCAGGAGGAGGAGAUGUCUGUGGCCUUCCUUGAGGAGUUUCUCAUGGCGGUAUCAAUUGAUGCCAAAGUCCUCCCAGCUCUCAGGGAUCAGCUGACAGACCUGGAGAGAAUUGUAAAGCAAAACUCUGAAGAUGCCAGAGUCUCACAGAAAAAGCACAAAGUCCUUCUGCGGCAGUUCAGUAUGGGAGAUGAGAAGCUUCAAAAACGUCAGCCAAUCAAGAGUCAUGAUGAAAUUCUGCUCAAAGUCUACUGCUGUGACCACACAUAUACAACAAUCCGUGUCCCAGUAGUGUCCUCAGUCAGGGAGGUCAUCGGGGCCGUGGCCGACAAGCUGGGGUCAGCCGAGGACCUCCUCCUGGUCAGCCUCAGCUCUGCAGGAGAGAAAGUAAUCUUCAAGCACAAUGACGUCUCAGUGUUUUCCACUCUCAGUGUUAAUGGACGGUUGUUUGCCUGUCGGAGGGAUCAGUUGGACUCUUUGACACCUUUACCUGAGCAGGAGGGACCCUCUACAGGGUUAUUGGGCAGCUUUGAGUUGAUGAGCUCUAAGGAUGUGGCUUACCACAUGACUUCCUAUGACUGGGAGCUUUUCAACUGUGUACAUGAGCUUGAACUCAUCUAUCACACAUUUGGGAGGCAAAAUGUCAAAAAAACCACAGUGAACUUGGACUUGUUCCUGAGGAGGUUUAAUGAAAUCCAGUUUUGGGUGAUCACAGAGAUGUGUCUGUGCUCUCAGUUCAGUAAGAGGGUGCAGCUCCUCAAGAAGUUCAUCAAGAUCGCUGCCCACUGUAAGGAGUACAGGAAUGUGAACGCCUUCUUUGCUAUUGUGAUGGGACUGAGUAACCCAGCAGUAUGCAGGCUAAAUCAGACCUGGGAGAAACUUCCCAGCAAAUUCAGGAAGUUUUACGGGGAAUUUGAAAACUUGAUGGACCCGUCCAGAAACCACAGGGCAUACCGACUCACAGUAGCCAAGCUGGAUCCUCCCAUCAUUCCCUUCAUGCCCCUGUUGAUCAAAGACAUAACAUUCACUCACGAGGGCAACAAGACGUUUAUCGACAAUUUGGUCAAUUUUGAGAAAAUGAGGAUGAUAGCAAACACAGUGAAGUUACUGAGAUUCUGCAGGAGUCAUCCAUUCAGUCCGGAUUCCCCUCUGGCGAACAAAACCCAUCCAGAGGUUCGGACUUACGUGCGUCAGCUCCACGUGAUCGAUAACCAAAGGACUCUUACUCAGCUUUCUCACAGACUUGAACCCCGCAGGUCUUGAAACCACUCAGGGACACAAAUGUCACACUCAGAUGCUACUUCAUGACAUGACAUGUGUUUGCAUCUGAGUGAGUUAAUUUCCAACACAGGCUAUCACAUGAAGGACCUAAUGACAUGUCACAUGAUGAGAUAUUGUUCAGAUACUGUUGCCUGACUUGUAAAGCCUUUUGUUACAGUAAUUUGUGACUUUCGAUCAACGGUUAUUGCUGGUGGAAAAAGCAUCCCCCAUAUCACUCUGCUGCAGACAUGUCCAUCAUCUCAAAGUCAAAUAAGAGCAACAUUAAAAGACAGAUCUUUGGGGAUCUUAUUUAUCAGAUUAACAUUUCAGAUAUAAACACUAUGUGAUGCUUUAAGAGUGCAAACUUCAUAUUUCUGAUAUUCAGUUGUUUGGUAUCUUUUUUAUCGAACAGUAUUUAUACAUAUUUAUGUGUGUGAGAGUUUUAUGUGCUGUAAACUGUAAAGAGAUAUUUAUUUUGACCUCAGCAUGCACAAAGUUAUUAUGAUUGUUUGACUUUUUAUUCAUGUAAGCACAUCUCUCUUUGAAGUCUGGGAUACAGUAAAUGUCUGAAAACUUUUCUGUGCUGUAAAUAUUAAAUAUUUUAAAUGUA